AUGCCCGGCAGUGAGGCUUCCCCAGAAAGAGACCCUCCAGUGGAGCAGGUAAGGACUCUGCUCUUGUGCCAUGCUCUGAAAAGGGUUAAAAGGCUUCCUUGGAGACCUUGGUGGUAAGGAACUUCAUGGUACAAUUGGGGGGCAGAGUAAAAGCAUUAGCCAAAAAUCCUAGUCAGGGUCUGACUCAACAUCUGUUAAUUAAUUGACUUUAUAUAUACUUUAUAUACCCAGAGGUCUCAGGAAGAUUCACAGAACAAAAUCAAAAUAUAAAACCACAAAAUAUAUAAUCAAAAUGAAAACAAAAAACCCCACAUUUUAAAAGGGCAUAGGAUGUCAAUUUACAACUGUGGAGCACGUGUAGGCCAAAUUCAAAGCUUCUGGGUUUUUCAAGCCCAAUUGUUGUGUGCAUAUGGAUUUUCAGUAAGGGGGUUGCAGGGCAUGGGGAGGAUGAACCAUCCUAUAUCAAUUGCAACCCCCCCACAAUGUCCCCUGCAUGGCAAUUGGAGACCAUGGGGGAGAUUUCCUCCUCCCCCCCAUGCCUAUUUGCUGAGCAUGAGGAGGACAGGGGAGGCAUAGCCUGGAUGUGGAGGUCCCAGAGGCCCUAUCCAGCCCCAAGGUGCAGAGUUCGCCAUCCAUGGUCUAGGGGCAUCUUUAUACGAAUUGUCCCUCUCUCCUGCAUCCUUCCUGUUCUCACCAGAUGCCUAAGGGGAGCAUGUAAGCAGGAUCUGAGCAUCACAGCAGCCUGCCCACCUCCCAUUCCCAGCAACGGGCAUUCAGAAGUAUUCUGUCUCCAUUGCUAGAGGUAGAACAUUGUCAUUGCUUCUUUACUGUAUGUUAUUACACACACAUCAUAUUAGUUGUGCUCAUACGGCUAGAUAGAAUAUGCUAUCUCUGGCAGCAUCUUUGGGGAGUGACAGGAGAUGAAUGCCUCCCUUUAGUUCCAAGUUGGUGGAUCUUUUGCAAAUAACCACACCCCAACUUGCAGCAGGAAGGUGGAUAGAAUCUGCCCAUGACUGUCAGCUCAUCCGGAAGCUGCUGGCUUCUUACCCAGGUCUCAUGCUUCUUCCAGCUGCAUCUUGGAGCAAGGCCGACACAGAUCAAGUUUUCAAACAGCAGUUACCCAAUCCUGCAUCUCUGCAUAUGCUUUGAGAACUUUUUGUUCUCAAAGCAUAUGCAGAUAAAUAAAUAUAUUCAAGGAAACAAUAAAAAGUGGAGGAGGUAGUGUUAUAAGAAUUCUAAGGUCUCAAAUAUAAAAUAAGUGUUCAUAAAUGUACAAGGCAAACACAUACAUAACUAUAUAAACCAUGUGUGUGAAAUAGUACAGGAGAGCAAUCCUGAAGCCAUUUUGACUCUUCCAGUGACCGCAAAUAUUCCUCUGCAGUAAGGGAGGAAAUGGGGAAAGCCUCCCCUUUUGUCUUUUGCUUACAAAUCCUGCCUUAAGGGCGUAUUUGUAUAUGAAUAGGAUGAGCCUGUGACCUAGAUUCAGGAACUAAACUAUUAACCAUCACAAAAGAAUGGCCAGGCUGCCCAGGUAAAGCAAUCAAUGACCAUUGUCAGGAUUUCUGUUGUAGACCACCCCCUGUGAUGUAUUUCUGUUGGUGACCUCCUCCUUCUGUGAUGUUUGGGGGGGGGUCUUGACCUACAGGAUGGGCAAUUUCAAAUGUCUAUAUAAGGGCUUGCACUCCAUUGUUCUGGGCUCCUCUCCUCCCUCCCUGCGUGGGGGGGGGGCCGACACUGUUGCAACAGUUUAAUAAAGAUCAGGCUUAUCAGAUUCUUUGCUUCUCAAUAUUUUUCUGUUAUUUUCUCCUACCAAUAAGGAACCCACUUAAGGACUCUAGAUGGGCUCUUGGAUACCCCAUAAGGGGAAAGGAACAGGUUAUUUUUCCCUUAUAACAGUAGUAAGGGGAAGCAAGAGAUAAGUCUGUCAUUUUUGUGUGUGUCUGAUUCCACACAAUAAGGAGUUGUGGUGGGCAAACCCCACUUCUUCAGGACAAAACUAUUCUGAACGUUGGGUUGGUAGCACCCUCUAGUGGCAAACAGUAGUAAUACAUGUUUGUUGCAUGUAAGAGGAUAAUGUGGGAGAGAGAGAAGACACUGGCUCAUCAGAAUCUCUUGCUGAGUACAGCCAGGGCCGUCUUUACCAUUUGGCAUAGUGGCGCAGUGAACCAGGGCACCAAGCUGUGGAGGGUGCUGGAAGGAGAGUCUGGGGAGGGGAGAGCGGGGAGGUAAGUGAGGCUUGGUGCCUGAGUGCCUCCAGCACCUGUCGGAGGUGCAAAGACCCUGUUCCGCCCUGGGCAGGCCGCAGGCCUGGUCGUCCUCUUAUAUACCUGCUGGGAUUGACAAGGCAUCUGACCCUCACCUGAAUCUCAUAGCUCUCCUGUAGGUGCCUCUGAUUAGUUAUCAUUUAACUCUUGGGGGAAAUAAUUAGCAUCACACGUCAUGUGACUGUGACAAAGGUAACCUGUGUGCUUGCUUUUUGAUUAACAGCUGUUGGGAACUUCAAAGUCCCUGCUCUCCCUUUCUUAUGGUCUUUGUACUGGACCUGGAGACUCCCAUAGAGAGCAUUCCAUGUCAAGAAGGAGGGCAAGUGGGCACUCUAUCAAAUGACAGAGCAGGACCUUUUCACUGGUGGUGCCCAUUGUAUACCUCGCUCUUCCCAGACCUGCUCUCUAUUGGCCUGUAUUUUGAAGCUUUAUAAAUUAGAAAGAUUUUGGAAGAACUGGUUGACAAGUCUCAUCAGUUGCUGAUGUAUGAGCGGAUUUUAUUUGCUACUAUUCUGUGCUUCUGAUGCACCAGGGCUUUCACCAGCGUAAUAGAGUUGGCCAGGAUGCCAGAAGGGAUACAAUUUAUGAGCUUUCUCCAUUAUCUCCACAGCAGGGGGUGUUCAGUCAAUAGUGCAAAGACUGAGCUGAAGCAUUUCCUGCUGGUUACCUGCUUUCAGCAAUAGGGGUUGCUGUUUGCUAGUACCCAAUUGGUUAGCAGUCAAAUUCUAGAGCUCCCUAUUGGUGGCUCUUAGGUAAUUCCAAAAUACAGGGUCCAUUCAUAAAACACAGUGUUCAUUCAUAAAGCAGUAACAUAAAUGUCCAUUGCUACAUAUUGGGUGUAUAUUUCAGCAGUUGAACGUACAAGUUUAUGGUCAUGCUGUAGUGUAGUGCUUAUGCAACUGUGAAUAAAAGGUAGCUGGGCUCAUUGUCUCGAGGUUUGGGGGGGGGGGAAGAAGUGACAAAACUGAUUUCCAAUAAGUGCCCCCCAUAACAAGUCCUUGAGUGUAUUCUGAAUAGUGACACUAGAGACCUAGAAGGUGCAGGGCUUGUCAGUCCACCCCCUGCACAGUCUCAUCAGGACUGACCUUAAGGCAGUUGGAGCAAUUGGACCACAUUGGGCCCCGCGGGCUGCUCCUAAGGGGGCCUCUGCACCAGGGCAAUCUAGAUGGAUUUUAUUUAUACCUAUAAGAUUUUGCAGACUUUGGCUGUGAACUGGGGCCCUACCAAAAAAAAAAUUCAAGUUGGAGGAAGAAUGGAAUCAAAAUUUUAAAAUAUGGGGAAAGGAAAGUAGUGGGAAGGAAGGAAUCAGCAUUUUGGUUCCACACACACACACAUACACACACACACACUCAAGGUAUCUUUUAACAGAUUCAAAUAUUCAGAACAAGGCAGUCCAUCUAGGAGAAGAAUAAAUCUGACCCAAAACCUCUGAUGCCUUGCAGGAUUUCUUUGGAAGAAGAAAAGGCUAAGGCGUAAACCCUACACAAAUCUGUUUUUUUUUAAAUAAUAUUUAUUACUUUUCCAACAAUUUAACAACAAUUUUUCACUACAAAAGAAAAAAAAGAAAAGAACAAUACAAAACAAUACAAAAACACUACAUACAAUACAAAACAAUACAAAAACACUACAUAACACAUUAAACUAACAAAACAGAACAAAACAAAGACAGUUUAAAACACAUCAAACAAUUUCAAUAUCUUAUCUUUCAUUCACUUAUUUCAAUGACCUCCUCACACCUCCCUUUUUGUAUUCCACUUCUGUUAAUUGUUUCAGCAAUUCCUUUCCAUCUUCCUCUGCUUUCUAUCCUUUAAUUAUCUUAACAGACUCUGGUUUCACCUCAGAUCGUAUAAAUCUUUUGCCUUUAACCCUACACAAAUCUGGAGUCCCUAAGACAGUUGGAUAGUGUCUCCUAUGCCUCCUUCUGGUAUCUCCUGCAGCCAAGCUAGUGCCAAAUAUAUUGCUCUGCCUUCCCUUGGACCACAACAGCGAGGCUGGGGGGGGGGGAGUAUCAUCAUCUGGGCAGCUCAGGACACCCCCCACACACACACACACAUUGCACAUGCUAGCACCCCAGAGAGGUCACUUUGGUGCUGCUAAGGAAAGCUAGAGAGAGAAAGCUAGAGAGUUCCAGAAAGACAUCUACUUCUGCUUCAUUGACUAUGCAAAAGCCUUUGACUGUGUCAACCACAGCAAACUAUGGCAAGUUCUUAAAGAAAUGGGAGUGCCUGAUCACCUCAUCUGUCUCCUGAGAAAUCUCUAUGUGGGACAUGAAGCUACAGUUAGAACUGGAUAUGGAACAACUGAUUGGUUCAAAAUUGGGAAAGGAGUACGACAAGGCUGUAUAUUGUCUCCCUGCUGAUUUAACUUAUAUGCAGAAUUCAUCAUGCGAAAGGCUGAGCUGGAUGAAUCCCAAGCCGGAAUUAAGAUUGCCGGAAGAAAUAUCAACAACCUCAGAUAUGCAGAUGACACCACCUUGAUGGCAGACAGUGAGGAGGAAUUAAAGAACCUUUUAAUGAGGGUGAAAGAGGAGAGCGCAAAAUAUGGUCUGAAGCUCAACAUCAAAAAAACGAAGAUCAUGGCCACUGGGCCCAUCACCUCCUGGCAAAUAGAAGGGGAAGAAAUGGAGGCAGUGAGAGAUUUUACUUUCUUGGGCUCCAUGAUCACUGCAGGUGGUGACAGCAGUCUUGAAAUUAAAAGACGCCUGCUCCUUGGGAGAAAGGCGAUGGCAAACCUAGACAACAUCUUAAAAAGCAGAGACAUCACCUUGCCAACAAAGGUCCGUAUAGUAAAAGCCAUGGUUUUCCCAGUAGUGGUGUAUGGAAGUGAGAGCUGGACCAUAAAGAAGGCUGAUGGCCGAAGAAUUGAUGCUUUUGAAUUAUGGUGCUGGAGGAGACUCUUGAGAGUCCCAUGGACUGCAAGAAGAUCAAAAAUAUCCAUUCUUAGGGAGAUCAGCCCUGGGCGCUCACUGGAAGGACAGAUUGUGAAGCUGGGGCUCCAAUACUUUGGCCACCUCAUGAGAAGAGAAGACUCCCUGGAAAAGACCCUGAUGUUGGGAAAGAUGGAGGGCACAAGGAGAAGGGGACGACAGAGGACGAGAUGGUUGGACAGUGUUCUCGAAGCUACAAACAUGAGUCUGACCAAACUGCGGGAGGCAGUGGAAGACAGGAGUGCCUGGCGUGCUCUGGUCUAUGGGGUCACGAAGAGUCGUACACGACUAAACAACUAAACAAACAACAAGAACAAGGUAGCAGUUUGACUUCACCACCCUGGAGGCACACGCAAUUGUCUCUUGAGUCAGACAAAUGCCAACAACAAUAAAAAUAAUAACCACAUCUCUUCAGUACUCAUAACUUGAGCAAGCCCCCACCUCCAGCUUCUGCUGCCCCACAUGCAUUUGCUCUAAAGCUCACACAGAAAUAUUGGUGUUGUUGCCAGAUGGGUGUAAGUCCCCUGCAGGGUUCCUCAUGCACUCUGCUCUGCAUGGAAUUGGUGGAUCCCUUGCUGUGGAUCUCAGUGUCAAAAUAUAGCAAGCCAGAAAUUAGGCACUGUGCCCUUGACCUCUUUAUAGCAAUUUUUCCCCGUUAACAGUGGCCCAGAAGCAACCCAGAGGUCCUGGAAUGUGCAUGUUAAUGAGGGAACAGCUUGUCCCUGGCCAGGCCAGUCGGCAGCCGCGUGAAAGAAAGAACAGAGCCACCCCAUUCCAGUCCCAGGCAGCAGAAGCGUGCAGAGACUUAAAACUUCCCCUGUGCAAAGUUUCAGUUGGGCUAAUCUUAUCCUUCCGCAGCCCAUUUUACACUUCAGGGAGACCUGCUUACUUGGGAAUGCUCUAUUUACAUUCCACUGUCCUGGGCAACCUUGGAAAUGAACGAUGCUGCUGAUAAGACUUAACAGGACAAAACAGACCAGAGCAAUGUUAAUCUCGCAGUUUACAGAAUAACACAGCCCAGCUAACUCCCAUUUAUUUCCCUCCAUUUGUCACUUGGCCUAGUGCAAAACCUGGCAUGGACGUUUCUGGAACGGGUUAUGACUUUGGACUCUCCUCUCUUGUGGCUGUACGUAGAGCGAAUCAAUAAACGUUACAGGCCCCUCCCCGAGCGCGCGGGAUAAUCUCUCUUCCAGCCUCUCCCUGCACAAUUUAGGCGGAUUACUUGCUCUGCUGUUCAACUACGGAUUCCCCCACUCCCCUCCCGCGCCCGUUUGUAUUAUUACAGCAUGCAUCUGAUGGGCGCAGGCAACAAGAGCUGGCUGCUUCGGCUUGCUUGUUAACUCAACAAAAUUCUUUCGCGAACCAAUCAUUUCCUCCCGCAAGCCCUCCCCUUUUGCGCCCGGCUGCCUCCCUGCCUCUUUUCUCCCAACGGCUUCUGACACAGCCAGGCCCCCGUGUGGUUGCCUGGCUGUCGCUGAACUGGAGCAUUUCCUGUCCAGCUUUGCUGGGGGCUGUUGACGAGCUGCUUACACAACACGGGGGUUUCGCCCAUCUGUCAGCUGAAGCGCGCCCUGCGCGUAAACAGGCACCCAUCAGAGAUCAAGGAGAAUCUGCUAAUCCGCAUGACAGAACGGAUCCCGGGUUCUGUGCAAAAAGCAAGCAGGCCUAAAAAGCUUUGCCAAGCAGGCUUUGAGUGGGUGGUCACCUGGAAAGUAGCUUUUGCAAGUUACGGGAGUUCAUCGGCUGCCUUAGGGAAGGGCAGCUAUGCGCGGCGCAGUCCCGCUCGCCUGCUGUCUGGGCGAGGUGCUCAGAACCGGUGAUCAAAGGGCAACAAUCCACGCUUUGCAGCCCUUCACUCUCAGCUAAUUGCCCUACCUUGCAACUUCUCUUGGCCACCUGCCAGGGAGCGCUGCUUACAAAAGGGCGCCCACUUAACGAUUUUUGCGCCUGUAGGUUUUGCUCUCUCCACCUGGGCGAGGAAGGGUUUGGAUCGGGGCUGUGGUGCAGGGCCUCUCGUGCCAUGUUCAGCCCUCCCCAGUCCUCAAAGCUGAGCAAGAGGAGCAAGACUUUCCAGCUGGAUCUGGGCAUCCCUGCAGCAGGAUUGGUCCAGGGUGGUCCCUGGUUGUCUUUCAGAUAUGCCCCACAGGAGCAUUAAGGAGAUAGCAAACCCAGCACAUUUCCUCACCAGCAGAUGCCCAGCUAGUUCCAUCUGUGGCUUGUCUCAAGAGGAGGAGAAAGCACAUGGAAACUCCUGCUCACAUCAGGGCCUUCUUCUAGGAAGCUUUUUCUGUAUUACUGGUAUCAAGAAGCUCUUGCAUUUUGCAGAGGGGCGUUCCAGGGCACAUGCCAAGUUCAUGAAAAGUUUUGGUCAGGUGGUGUUGGGUCUCUCCACUUCUCUGAAGAUGCACCCCAGAACACAGCAGAGCAUUGCAGGAAAAGAUUAGUUGUGGCAACUAGGGAUCCUUUCUUGAGACUUAAAGCAUCAUGUGGAACAGAUGCAUAGCAUAUUUCCUUCCCCAUUAGCAGCUUCUAGCAGUCUCUGGGCAUUUGUAGUCAGUGCCUUGGCUAUCCUAGUUAAUGGCGAUUAACAGUUUUAGCACCGUGGUUCUCCCUUCCAAUGCUACGAUUCUACGAAAUAGUGUUUAACCUUACAGCUGCUGAUAAGAUUAUAAUAGCUAAAAAAUUGAGAGAAAGCAUAUCUCCUACUAUAUCUGAAUGGACUGAGAAAGUUUCAUCCAUAGUAACUAUGAUUAAGCUAACUUAUUUAUUUUUUUUAAAAAAAAUAUCAACCAGCCUAACAGGUUUAUGGAAAAAGUGGUAUUUUUUGUAAUGUUUUGGAACAACAAGUUCAGUUAUAAUGUCCAAUGUUUGCUGCUUUCAAACUGGAACUGUUUUUCUUUAUGCUCUUUACCUUUGGUUUAUUUUGUUUGUUAAUAAAAAUAAUAAUAAUUUAAAAUAUAUAUGGUUAGUCAUGUACUGUGUCAGAAAGUUCCACAGAGCAAUAGUAUUAUUUGUUAGGGGAGCAUUUCUCUUGCUUGUUUCCUUGCUUGCUGUGUCUAAUUUGUUUGGUUCAUCGUGCUACUUUAUGAAAAGGUAAAAUAUUUGUCCCCUUCUUUGUGCUGUUCUUCAAGCCGUGUAUAAUUUUAUAGAUCUCUGGUAAAUUUUAGUUGACUUCUUUGAUAAAGACAGUGUAGUUUAUGCUUUCUUCUUCUCAGCCAAUUUAUGGCGUCUUCUUUGAAUUGUAGCACCAGAGAGUAUCCUGCAAGCAUCAUGUUUUCCCUUUAAAUAAUAGUGGCAGAAAACUGACAGCUUUUAAGAGGGCAUGCUGGGAGUUGUAGUUUGGAUGCAAAGUACAAACUGGUAAUCACAAGUUGCAUAAGCUGUCAGUUCUGGUACAUAUCAGGGUAGCAGGAAAGUCAGGGAAGAAAUGACAGUGUCUAGCCAAAAGCAGAGCUUGAGCUGAGCCAAGACCAUUAUUUAUAACUUGGAAAUAGAAGGGGAGAGAUUAUGAAAUAAACUGCUACUUAUUCACUGGAUUUUUUUUGUUAAUACACGUUAUAUAACCUAGAUUCACCUUCCCUGUAGCACAGCUGCACGUCUUAAGGAUCAGAUCUGGGCAUUUUUUUGAAAGCUCAAGCAGAUGAGCUGCUCUUCUUUUCCGGAAAUAUCAGUAAUAAGAACAGAAUCACACAGUGCCCACAGCCUAGUAGUAAACUAAAAGCCACUGCUGGCCCUAAUGCUCUAUUGCUGGCAUUAACCAUUAGAAUUCAGUGGGUGGCAUUCAGCUAAGUCUUACUCUGAGUAGACUCACUGAAAUUAAUGAACCCAACUAAGUUGGGUCCAUCAAUUUAAUUGGGUCUACUCUGAGUAAAAUUUGGUUCGGUGCCACUGUGAUUCCAGAAGCAACUCUUGGAAAGAUUUUCCCUUUCUAUGUCUGCCCUAUAAAAACAUGCUGCUUUUGGGGAAAGUGACCGGUUUAGUUUAGCUGCAUCACAAUAUGAGAAUUUAGGCUGAAUUUACUUCUGAGAAAGUAUGGUUUGGAUUGCACUGUUAGGCAAUGUGGCACAUAACUGCCCCCCACCCCCGCAUGCGCCUUUCCAUCACUGCAGGCUGGCAUUGUCCUUGAAUUGCCGACUCAGUAAAUUGCUAACAGCAGUCAGAGGUCCUUUCCAGACAGAAAAAUCACACCUUGGCCACAACCCAGCUACAGUUAAGGGUGAGUAGCUAUCAGUGGAGGCUGCUCUAUUGGGUCAAAUGCGGGACUGCCUCACCAACCUCAGUCUGCCUUAAACCAGGCAUCUUCAACCUCACUUUUAACCCAAACAUGCAUUUAACCCAAACAUGCAUUUGGGGAGGGAGGGUGGUGAUGACAAAACUUGGAUGUAUUUGCUCCCCCUGUCAUUGGCUCUGACGCCACCUACCACUGCUCUGUCCCACCCAUUCCAAUGGGCACCAGCUGCCAUCGCUAGCCAUCCAUUCCUAUGCAGACCUAACUUGGAUAAGAUCAACCAUCGUGGCUGCAAUGCUACAGGUGCUUACUUGGGAGUAGUCCGUAUGAAAGUCAGUGGUACUGGCUUCUGAGUAAACAUGCAUAGGAUACAUAGUAAGCAACAUGUUCUGCUGAAACCAAUGGCAGUGAGUCACAGCUAACCUUGGUGUUGAUGUGAUGUGUAACCUAAUCUUUUGCAGCAGGGCUGGGAAACUCAGUGCCUUCCAAUGUACAUGGACUCCAGCUCCCAUCAGUUCCAGCCAGCAUGGCCAAUGGUCAGGGAAGAAGGGGUUCAACAGGGCCACAGAUUCCCCACACCUGAACCUUAGAGUUAGGCUGCACUGCCUGAAGUGCAGCCUCCCCUCCUCUUUCUUCAUUGUUCCACUUCAUGGCAGGGCCAAGGGAUUUAGGCACACCCAACUGCAUAAAAUUGCAGCCUUGGUUACAAGUAACAUUAGGGGGAUAUUUCAUAGCACUUUAAACUUGCCCUGCCUCAUUGGUCCUACUGUAUCAAUAGCAUCCAUAGGACCUGCCUGCCUGUUGACAUCCCCAUCAGAGCCCAACCUUCAGAAACGCGGUGGGUGUCUAGCACAGAUAGAGCCUCAUCUCUGGUGGUGCCUCAUUUGUGGAAAUCCCUCCCCCAAAACCUGUUUUGCUGGUGCUGACUUUGUGGAAUUUGGGGUGCCAGAGGGAAGCAGUUUUCUUUCCCCUUGUGUUUAAUGUCUUUCAUCACUUUUAAUGGUUUCUAACACAAUUAUUAAUUCUACUGCAGCUGUUUAAUUUCCCACCCCCAUUAGUACUGCAUUAUUAUUUUUUUGUAUUUAUUUUGCUUUCAUGAUGUGUUUUAAAAUGUGUUGUAGCUAAGCUACAGCAGUGUGUGUGUGGUUUUCUCAGAUAUAUUGGGGGUGCCAGCUACCCUCUGGCUUCAGCAGAAUAGCUAUACUUGUGCUCCUUGCCUUUAAAAAAGAAAUAAAUUCUAGCCCAAUCCUAUGCUAUCUUAAGAGUUCAGUGGGACCUUCUCCCAGGUAAAUGUGCAUAGGAUUGCAGCUGUAGCAGAAAUGUGCACUGCUGCACUGCAGAGUUGGAUGUAGACAACCUUUUUUUUUUUUAAAAAAAAGGAAAGCGGAAAAAUCAGAGGAAGGGCACACAAAAUGGUGUGUCAUCGCUGCAAGAGGGAGGAGGCAGCCCUGCUGGUUUUCAUCAGUUUGUUUGUUUGUUUAUUUAAAGGACUAACAGAGCAUUCUUGCAAUUUAGUUGUACAGCAGGGGCUCUGUGGUUUAAAUGUUGUUUAGGGCCCUAAAUGUGUAUGCUUGUGCUCAGUGGGACUCUCUUCUGAGUAAUGAAGUAUGUGGCAUUAGGGCAUAAACUGCAUCCUUCCAAGAGGGAGAUUUAGACUUAGAGUUAUGCUGCACACAUAUAAUUCCUAAUAAAUGUUCACAUGGAGCAGAGGAAGGGAGCCUGUUCUCUUUUGUUGCCUUAAGGGCAACUGUUUAGGGUUUAGGCUGCAUGCAAUCCUGUGCAUGGUUACCUGGGAGUAACAAAGUCCCACUGAGCCUCAUAAAGCAAGAAUAGCUACAUGCUUCCCUCCAAAUGUCUUGAACUACAACUCCCACAUCCCUGGCUGUUGUCUAUUCUGGCUGGGGCUGACUGGAGUUGCAGUUCACAACAUCUGGAGGGCACCGUGUUGGCAACUCCUGCCAUAAGGACUGACCUGCUGGAGAACAGGGGAAACCAGCCCAUUAAAUAAACUUGUUCCUUCUUCUCUCCAUGAUCUGUUUGCAAUUCGUUAAAGUGAAAUAUUUCAGAAAGAGUGGCGACAGGGCAAGUUCCUGAGCCUACCAUGGUGCAACACCAACAGAAAGUGGAAGUGGCAUGAUGGUUGUAGAACCGUGAGGGUGGUAUUAUGCAACUAGGCUUUACUGAGAGUUAACAUGACCGGGUUAGCGCCAUUAAUUUAAAUGGGUCUACUCUGAGUAAGACUACCCCUCUUAGCGUGUGCAACAGGUGUGUGUGUGUGUGUGUGUGUGUGGAUUAACCGUUUCCUGAGGCCAGGGACAAAAAAACCCCAAACCUGAGCUGCAAGGAAAAUCUUCAGAUUCCUACAGAGCAUCCCCCAAAUCAUGUUCCUUUUACCUGCCAUCAAAAUCCAUAUACUGCCCUCAAGCAAUGAUUUCAGAGUCUGUGAAAAGCAGGCUUUUCAUUACAAUCAGGGAAAGCAGAAAAGCAGCUGUCAAGCCCAAGGCGAGCUGAGCACAGCCCAUGUAGGCCCAAACCAUGCAAGUCAGGGGUGCCUUCACACUACACAUUUGCCUCAUGUCAGUUGCUCUGUUAAUGGUGGGGGAGCAUUUUGGGGAGAACCCCCCCUUUCUACUUAGUUGACUUCUGUGUAAUUAAUAAACUCCCCCCCCCCCUUCUGUUCAGGUUUCAUUGGUCAUGGCUUAUCUGAAAAUCUGCCUGAUGGACUGGAGCACAGGUAUGUGCAUGAUGUCUUACUUGUCUGUGCAGUGAAGGUUUAAGUCUGUUAUAUGUUGGACGUGUGUGAGCUGAUUACUCCAAAGGGUUGAAAUAUGAGGAUGUGGUAUCAUCCUUGAUACCCGGAUGGAGGCCUGCAAAUGUCCCUGGUUGGUCACUCUUCUGCUGGGCAUUCCUAGGCAGGGGCCUAAUUCAACAAACCUGCAUACCAGCUCGGCUGGCACCCUUUGGCAGAUUCCCCCAAACUUGUGGGCUGCUGUAUAUCUCCUUCUGCCAUUUCCCUUUCUCGUUGGGCUCCCAAUGCCAAUGCUAUGAGUUCUUCAAUGAAUAAAUGACAGAGUGGAAUUUCUGACAACUGCCACUAACCUGACUUACUUGUGAGAAGUGAAAUCGGCUCCCAAGUCAGAGUCUUCCUGCUUUUGGCAGGGAGUAUUUCCCGCAGAGACAGAGCCCUGAGGAAGGGUUGCCUGUCCAGGCAGGCGCAGCUAGAAAUGCACAAGAGAGCUGCCUCACGUGCCUAGGCCUGCCACCUCCACAGGCAGCGUUCCUGAGCAGAGGGAAGGGAGAGGCCUCUACAGCCCCCGGGGCAAGGGCGAACCUCAGGGAACAAGGGAUCAUGGGCAGAAGACAGCUGCCCCCAUCCUGGCUUUUAGGGUUUUCAAGUCAUCUCCUAUAUUUUGUACAGAGGCAGAACAGGGGAGUGGUGAUGAUGCUAGCAUCUCCUAUAUUUUGGACAGCCUUGCGUUUUGUGCAGAGGAGGAGAAUAAUAACCAUAAUAAUGAUAAUAAUAUCCCAGGUGUGGCUUUUACCAUUAUUGCAGCUCUGUCGGGGGGGGGGGGGAAUCUGCACCUUGUGCAGUUCUCAUUUAUUUGCAUAUUCCCUGACCUUCCAGCCAGGGGCGGAGGAAGGGGGUGCGGUGGGGGCAGGCCGCCCCAGGUGUCUUCGCUGAGGGGGGUGACAUUCGGCGCGCCACCCACCUGCGAUUCCCAAGCCUACCCUGAGCCAUUGGGGGAAGGGGGGAGCUGUGCUGCAAUACCGGUGGCAUUCCCCCCUUCUCCCUUUGUUCUGAAUGCUUGGGGGAGGCUUGGGAGUCACAGGCAGGCGGCGCACUGAGCGUCUGUCAUUGGCGGCUUGCUCUGCCCCCAUGGACGGCUUGCUCCGCCCCCAGCUGCAGGGCGUGCGCUCCGCUCCAUGCACCCGAGCGGCUUUCCCACACCUGGGAGGGCACCCUCCACGCCUCAUGCUCCUAGAGUGCACACCCGCCCUGGGCAGCGUGGGCAUAUGCUCCACCGCUGCUUCCAGCUAGUGUUAUGUUGCUAGCACUGAGCCAGGGCUUCCUGCAUCCUGAUCCCACCUCAAAGUUGACUGUCUUCUGGGCACAAUUGACAAAUGCGACUCUAGGCAUAACCCAAUUUAAGCAGCCCAGUCCUUAGCUGCUCAGGUCCUUGGAUGUGGCCAGGAGUGCCUUUGCCCAGCUUUUGUUUUGUUUUAUUUAUUGGAUGUGGCACUUGAUUGUAAGGAAACUCCUAAAAGGUUUGCAACUUGGGCUGUCGCACAACUGCGUCUGCUUCUGGAGAAACUGCUGGCUUGGCAUAUACUUGAGUUACGUCACAGCUUGAUUGCUGCAAUGCACUCUGCAUAGGGCUGCCUUUGAAGGGUACUCAGCAAUACUGGGCCCAGAAUACUGCAGCCAGUCUGUUAACAGGGACUGUGUGUAAGCAGUGCACAACUCCCUUACUGAAACCAUUGCCACUGGCUUCAUUUAUUUCUGAGCCCAUAUUAAAAUACUGGUGGUGGUGACCUUCAAAACCCUAUAGGUUUGGGACUUGGAUAUCUGAAAGACUUCUGCCUUCUCCAACAUGAAACUAGUGAGAUCACUAUCAGCAGCCCUUGUUUGUCCCAGCAUCCACAGAAAUACACUUAGUUGAAAGCAGGCAGACAGCCUUUUCAGUAGCUGCACCCAGGCUCUGGAACUCCCCCCCCAACACUCACCUUGGCCCCUCUCUAAUGGCAUCCUCUAGAAGGAGCAAAGCCUUCCUUUUUUAAGGAAGGCUUUUGGGCCAUAAAAUGGAUACUCCCUUUUUUUUUGAGAUGGAUCAGAUUGCUGUGGUUAAAUUGUUUUUGGUUGGUUACUGAUACUUUAAAUCCUUUCUCACUGUUGUUCCUGUUUUAGUGUUUUAUGAUCACUUUAUAUAUUGUUAAUGUCGAAAUGGUUAACAGCAUUAUCUUAUCCGUGUCUAUUCAAAAGUAUGCCCCAAUGAUUUCAGUGGGGCCCACUCUCAGCUAAAUGGGUAUGUGAUUGCAGCAGCCAUAGUUAUUGUUUCAACUUAGGGUGACCUGAUGAAAAAGAGGGCAGGGCUUCUUCAUCUUUCGACAGUUUUGCAGAAGAGGAAAUUUCAGCAGGUAUAGCCUGCAUGACAAGCUACACCUGCUGGAGUCACCUUCCAUACAUGGUGAGCCAUCUUGGGCUUGUUGAGGAAAGGGCAUGGAUGUUUUAAAUAAGCAAACAAGUAGUUUAUUCAGAAGCGAGUCCCACUAGGCUUCUCCACACUGGAUCUAAAUGUGAAUUUGCACCUGCCUGUCUCCCCAUCAAUGUGGGGGCAGCCACACAACACAUUUCCCAACCCAGUGCAGCCAACAGUGUGCCCGCAAGAUGUCGUGGACUACAACUCUCAUCAUUCCUGACCAUUAGCCACGCUGGCUGGAUCUGAUGUGAGUUACAGUCCAAACCACCUGGAGGGCAUCACAUUGGAUAUUCCUGCCGUAAAUCAAUGUCAUGGACCAUUGACAAACCCUCCCAAAGAAAGCAGGGGUUUAGCAUAAUUUAACAAUGACAUUUCUAAGCUAUAGAGACAUACUCAUGUGGUGCAUACGGCUCUCUUAUGAAAAAUGGCUACAUGGUGCAACAGUUUCCCAUGAUUGUGUGUGUGUUUCCAUGGCUGCCUUGUUAAUUUUCCAGACAGAUACGGAAGGCAGGGCCAGACCUAUUAGAAUACACUAAGAAAUUGGUGAGGCCACACCUUGGAUUGCUGCUUGUGGGGAACCUAUGGCCUGCCAGAUGUUGCUGAACAUGGCCACUGGCUAUGCUUGCUGGGGCUGCUGGGAGUUGUAGUUCAGCAACAUUUUCCCACACCAGUUUGAAAUGAGCAUUGGUAUUGUACCUUUUACAACUAUGUGGUAUAGGAAGGUUUUGCUAACACGGGGAUGCCACAGUUAAGAAAUUAAUCAAUCCAGCUUUUAAUUUCUGCCUGUGAAGCAGCUGCUAAAACAUUGGACUUCCGUGUCUCCUGCCACUAAGGUGACCAACGUGCAAAGGAGGAGGGGCAGCCCCCCUGGGUGCAGCAGGCCCCAUCCUUUUCGAAGAUAUUUUUGCAGGCGCUUUUCUCUAAAGCUGCAUCUUCCUUAAAUCCCCUCUUCUGCCUCUACGGAAGGAGUCCCACCCCAUGUAGCCGUUUCUCUUCUCUUCCUCCUGCUGCGUCUGGUAAUGAAAGCGUCUGCACGGUGACUUUCGAUUUGGAGACGAAGCAGCCACCUUGGAAAUGAUUAAUUCUCCUCUCUAGGCGUCUUGCCUCCCGGUAAACACCAACGAGGAGCUGGGGCGGGGCCACCUUCUAGGCCCGCCCCUCCUUUAUAAACCCACUGCGGCAGGGCGGGCUAGAGCAGGCGUAGCUGCUUCUCACAGAGACUUCGUCGCAUCGACUCAGCGUGAGCUCUCAGCCCCGCCGUUCCUCAUCAUGGUGAGCGGGAAGGGGGCUGCGCGAGGGAAGCGCACCGAGCGCUUGGGGGCUGCUUCCUUAGCGAGCUUCGACGUCUCCCCCUGGCUGUGGGAGCGCGGCGCCCGCCUCUCGGCUUGCGGUCUCCAAGCUGCGCGUCCGCGCAAGCUGUUGGCACGUUCCGCGGCAGGGGCCCGUCGGGGCCCGUCGGGGCGGGUGGGAAGCGCUCCCGCCUUCCUGCGGGGCAAACGCGGAGGAUGGUGCCAGGUUGCCGCCUGAUCUUAGGGCGGGAAUUAGGUGCGCCCCUUCGCCCACAAACAUGGCGAGGGUGUCUCCAGGCCCAGGGGCAAAAGUCAGGGGCGCUAGUUGGGGGCUUCCCUCGAAGUGCGCACUGCAGAGCGCGGCAGCUGCCCUCGACGCACGUGUAAAUGGCGGUGGGGUGGUGGUGGUGCGCGCGGAGCAGCCGCAGAACAGGAUCCGGCAGGCCCGGCCUGAGCUUCUUGAUCGCAGUUGGCCGCGUGCCCGGAAAGACUCGCUUGCGCGCUCGGUGCCUGGGCGCCUAGUUUACAGCCACGUUGGUGUAAUGAGCAGGGACAGCUGCCUUGGAGGCGCACGGGCGGCCAACUCGUGCGGAGGUUGAGGAGAGGGCUAAGGAAGUUGGGGUCAGCCUCCGAUGGCGCGGGGCGCCGCGCUCCGGAGAGUCGUGCGGCAAAUGUUCCCGUGCCUCUCGCUCCCUCCCCGUUACCGAUCGUCGCCCACAGACUGCGGGGGCUGGGAAAGUUAUUAAUAGGCAGGUUGCGCAGGAAGGGAGAGUUGGGCCAGGGCGCCCCGCUUCCAGCUAAAUCCCAGGGCUGCAAAUAGCUGGGCAGGCGGCUGGGCUCCCGUCCAAAGUGGGUAAUCGCAUCUCCCGUCUCAUCUCGAGGGAAUCUUCGCACUUUGCGGGAGGGGCUCCUAUAUUUAGCCGUCCCGGGCUAGACGCGCGAAUGAGCGAGGAAGGAAGCCGCCUUCUGCCGCCAGCCCCGAUCCCACCCGGGCGAGGAGCUUUGCCUGGCGGGGCCCCGGCGCUUCCUAGCGGCAAGACUCGUUCUCCCACCUUCUGGGAGCCGCUUCCCUGGAGGCCGUCGGGGCGUUUUCACAAGUGACGCAAUGUCUUAAAAAAAAAAAAAGAAUUUGGACUGCGUCACUUUUGAAUAUGCGUUUUUUAAAAAUGCGUUUGAGCGGAAAGCGGAAGAGAGCCAUUUUAAAAAUCCGGUGUUAAUUCUAGUUAGCCAAUAGUCGGAGGGUUUAAUUCGAAUUUCGAAAGGAGAAGUGCAAGAAGCCGAUGUAUAAGUGUGGCUUCUGAGAAUCCUCCUCCCCUGGGAGGGGCUGAAAACUGUUCGCCCUCCGUGACCACAAAACGCUGCUCUCAGGCAGACAGUUCCUCUCCUCGCUAGCUUGGUCUGUAUCAGUGGCUCUGGUGCCGGGAGCCGAAGAGACCCGGCAGUAGGGGAAUGAGGUGCACCUCUCUUCUGCCCCUCUCUCUGUUGUAAAGCCAGGGAACCCUUGAAAAAGGGGAGCUUUGUUCACUAGUCGGUUUUUAUUUUGGUCAACCUAGCACUUGAAAGUGGUUAGAGAGCUUUCCCCUUAAUCCUCUUACCACCCUGUAAGGAAGUUCAGAAUUCCUAUAUCUAGAAUUGAGGCUGAGAUAAAAGCUUGCUGAAAGCCACCAAGUGCAUAGGAAAACUUGAACCUGGGGCUCAGUGACUUGCAGCUUGGUCUUAGCCGUUAUGCUCAGUCAGUUUUUGUCAAGCCUCUGGCCAUUACAAAAGAUAGCUAUUACAUUGUUCUCAGUUUGCCUGAGGAAAUUUGGAGAUGCAUCUUCUUUUUGCAAUUGUUUUUUGUUGUUAUUGAGAUUUAAGGUUUUUGGUUUAAGUGCUGUCACUUAUGGAUGCUGUUGGGUUUUUUUUUUUGUUUUUUUAAAAAAAGGAAUUAAAAGCUAUUGUGUCUGGUGAACUCCGGUAGAUGCCAAUUCUUGAAAUAUAAGAACUUCCGCAGAAAAGCACACUUUUGACACAUAAAAGUACACAAAUUAAACCUUCAUCCUUAUAGAACCAUACCCUGAAGCAAAAUAGCCUCAAAAGAAACCCAAGCAAAGUGUUAGUCAAUUGCUGUUACUCUAAGGGGGGGGGGAGAGAUACUUAAGAUGUUCAGCUUCAUCUUGCUCAAAAGGGAAUCUCUAUGGAAUUCAAAACUUUGUUUCCAAACUUUGUGCCUGGAAUCUUUUUUUCCUGUUGUGGAGCAUAAUUGGGAAUGUGGCCAGACCUUAGCUGUGUGCAGUGUGAAUGGCAUUGCCUCUGGUGAUGAUACUCCCUGCAAUGCACCACUUUCCCUAACCGUGUGUAAAUACAGUGCAGAUGUCUGACAAAAACUCUCUUGGGAGUUCAAGUGUACCUUGAAUGAGUUGGUUCCCUGGUGAGAUAUGUGGGGGAAAGGCACAUAAAAGGAGCAGCAAAACAGGCAUGAUUUUAUAGGAUGGAAUGUCACCUCUGGUAUGGUGGCAGGUUAUUUUUGUCCCAGCGUGGAUGUUCCGCUUUGGCAGUGGUUGGAUGGUUUGUCCUUCUAACGUGUGCACUGAUCUGGUUCCACUUGUGCCCCUUCUGAAAUGAAGCCAUGGGCUACAUACCUAUGCUCUUUGAGGGGAAAUGUGCCGCCUUUCUCUAUUCACCCUGGUAGCAACCCCCACAGUGAGUGAAGCCAGACUCUUCCAACCAUAAACGGGUGAAGUGAAGACCUGACAAAGGGGAAUCUGUGCUAGAUUCAUAUGUUAGGUAUAACUUAAUAGAGAUGGUCUUAAAGAGAGCCUAAAACCCACCCAGAACUAGCCCACUAUCCCUUCUCCCCAUUAUCUAGUUUUCUAAGUGGAGAGCAUGUUGUGGAGAAGCAUUUGACCGUAUGAUUCCCCCAUCCACAGUCUAAAGUAAUGCAAUCUGAAAACAGGUUUACCAUGGCAGCAAUGUUACAACUGUAGCUAGUUAUUAUAGGCAGGGAGCCCCACUCCUAAGUGUGGAUUUUCCUCCCCCCACCAUUCUUGGUAUGUAGCUUUCCCAUUUCCCUGCCUGUCAGUCUGGCUCCUCUAGCUCUGCCAAUAUUACUUGCAAUGAGCGGCCAACGGGUUCUUUCUCCCUCGAAUGUGUAUGGACUCUCUCUCAAUGGCGGAAGUGGGAGGUGACUGAAAGCAGGGUGAUCUAUGUGCCUAGGCCCAUUCAGCUUGAGUCCUGGAGAUGGGCCAAAACUGUCACAGCAAGAAGAUUGCUAACUCCAUGGGCUGGGUUGCCCAACAAGCUGGGUGGCUCUGUAAACAGCUACCCUCCCUGACCCUGACCUAAAUUAUGAUGGCAAGACCCACACUGCACCGGCUGGCAUAAACUCACCGGUCACAGGAGCUCCUCAGGAAUUUUCGCUUGGGCUGUUGCCUGCUUGACCACUACAAUAUGACAUGAUGAUGACUUGCAGUUAGAGUCAGGGCUGCCUUGAGUCAGCAACCUGAGUGUGUUGGCUUCGUGUCCCCUGAUCUGGCUAUUACCUGCCUUUCCAAUUUCCUCUCGCACACCCCAGUUCUGCUUCCCAUUCAGUGGGUCUGUGCAAGCCUUCAUCAACAUGCUGCUGUUUUUUGUGUUAUGAAUUGCCUCCCACAUGCAUCCCAAGGUGAUGUACAAAAUAUAACUAAAAGCCAGUUACAAAAAAUAACAGAGGAGCUUUACAAAUGAUACAAAACAGACACAAAUGGCCUAUUCAUCCCGCUGGGAAAGCCUGACAGAAAAGUCAUUCUGAGCAUUCAGAUCUAAUUUUGAAUAAGUGAGCCCUACGCAGGCCUAUCAUCACUGUCUUGGCUGCCAGGCGGGAGGUGACUAGAUGUCACCUGUGUGGGGAUCCAGGCGCCUUUGCCCUGGGGACAGGGAGAGGGAAUGAGAAUGAAUUCUCAUGUUUUGAUCUGAUGUGGUUCCCCAGGUUGGGUGGUGCUAGAAUGCGGUUUAUGAAAUGCAUAGAGUAAAUAUGUGUGCCGUGUGAAGCAGGAGAGAGGAGAGUGCUGAAGAAACCUCUAUGCAUUUUUAAUAAACUCUGGAGUGUGGGCGUAAGAGGCUGGAAGUGCCGACCGAGUGACUGCUUCUGCUCAUUCGCCUGUGGCUUCCGUGUGCAAUAGACAGCUUAACAAAGCUGCUAAAUGUUUUGUUCACUCCAGUCACUGCUGCACCAAAUUCUAAAAGCACCACAAUGUGACUAAAUUAGGGAUAGAUUGGCACUCUUCAGUGUAAUUCACAGCUCAGGUGCAUUCCCUCCAAUCUACCCAAUUUGCUUUGGCACUACAUUUUUGGAAGUGGAUUGUGAUUCUGUCCCAUGUCCUGUAACUUGGGGGGGGGGACCUCUAGCAGUCUGGAUGCUAGAGAUUUGCACCCAGCCAGCAUGACUAGUGGUCCAGGAUAAUGGCAGUUUUAAUUCAGUGGCCUCUGGAUGGCUGUAUUCCUGACUCUCAUGCUGCAACGUUGCUGCUGCCUGGUUUGGUUGACUAGAGGCAAAACCACACCUAGACCUGGAGUUAUUUUGCCUCUAGUGUUCAUUUAAACUGCCACUCUGAAAUUCUCUAGGUCACUUGCCCCAAGGUGUGGCUACUCCUAACUGGUGAAUUGCAAGGGCAGAAAUUGACAACCUGGGGGUCUGUAGAUGCUGUGGUGCCCAUGUAUUUAUGGAUUACUUUGUAAUGGCAAGCACUUCCUUCACCUGUGCGUGUGUGCACUCAAGUAUGCUUUAUAUGUGUGUGAUUGAGAGAAAGGGAGAGAUGCUGGGGGGCCCUUUUAUAUUUUUGAACAUUUUGGAAGUCGAACAGACGUCCAGAACGGAUUCUGUUCAACUUCCAAGGUAAGACUGUAUUGGAGAAUGUUCCCCGUGGUUAACCAGCAACAGCUUCAGUGUAUGUGUGUGGAAUAAAUAUUGUGAGAUCUCCACAAUCAGGACCAGCAGGACAUAGGUGACUUCCCAUGUCAACCAUGUGGUUGUCUGGAGGGGAGCAAAAAAUACUCUUUUAAUUUUUUGUUAUGCCAUGCUCACGCAGCACUGGCUCAGAAUUCAAAAUGUGCCCAGUGGACCAAAAAUGUUGGCAACCCUUUAGCAAGGGAAGGGCAUUCAGCUAAAACAGUAGCCUUUGCCAACAAGUGUGCAUGAGCUGCCACUGGGGCUUCUGGCUAGGAGUCGUCUUGAUGGUUCUACCCCCUUCCUUCUUUCUGCCAUAGGCUCACAACUCUUUCUCUCUCCACAGCGUGAGUGUAUCUCAGUCCAUGUCGGCCAGGCUGGCGUGCAGAUGGGCAACACCUGCUGGGAGCUGUAUUGCUUGGAACAUGGGAUUCAGCCAGAUGGACAGAUGCCAAGUGAGAAGACCAUUGGCGGUGGGGAUGACUCCUUCACUACCUUCUUCUGUGAAACUGGAGCUGGGAAGCAUGUGCCCCGGGCUGUCUUUGUGGACUUGGAACCCACCGUGAUUGGUGAGUGCAUGUGCAGGAAUCUGAGCCUCAAAAGCUCUCUGAUGGGCACCAGCAGUUAAUCCCCUCAUUGGCCCUGGGCCUGGCUUGGGCAGGGAUCUGGGCCCACUUCUAGAAGGUCAGGGGAAAUACUUGAUCCAUUUAGCGGCUAAGGAAUCCUUGAACACUGAGGGUGGAAUUCAGUGCCACACUAUUACACCCAUCCUGCUAGUGCAAGCCUUUCUAUUUGUCAGAUGGGGGUCUGCCUGAGUCCCCAAGUCAUGGGAGGGGCACAAGCCCCAGUUGCAGCAGCCAGACUUAAUUGCUCUGGCUGCUGCUUGCACAACUUACGUUGAUUCUGGCACUAGGUCAGUAGCUGGCAGACUUUAGGCCAAAUUUGAGUCUGAAGGGUGCAAAAUAGGUCUGCAGUUCCCCAUCUAUAGGACUCUGGGUGUGUGUGGCAACUGUGACAAUGGGAUCUGGCAGCAUGCAAUGGAGGAGUUCAACUUACCAACUCCCACUUGAUUCUCAUAGUGGGAUUUCAUCAAAACUAGUAACUGACUAGAGAGGCAGACUGUAUUAACUUAACCUGCUAGUAAAGUGAUUUUGGCAAGGAGCAUUCUGGGUCCUGUAAACUUUUGAGGAAUUUGGGCUGCAGGUGAUCACACUUCCCAUUUUGGGUAGGUGUGUCAGGGAUCCUCAAUUUGCUUGCCCAAUUAAAGAGUCUGAAAUAUCCACCAUACUGAUAAUUUCUUUUGCAUUCCAACCUUUUUUUAUGCAGAUGAAAUUCGUACUGGCACGUACCGUCAGCUCUUCCAUCCAGAGCAGAUGAUCACUGGCAAGGAAGAUGCUGCCAACAACUACGCCCGUGGGCACUACACCAUUGGCAAAGAGAUCAUUGACUUGGUGCUGGACAGGAUCCGGAAACUGGUAUAGUCAUGGUGUGGGAUGGGAAUAGAAAUUCAGGUCCGCUCACUUUUGUCUCUUGGUUCAAUGCACCACUAGCAUGUGGCCCAAGGAAGAUUCUCUCUGAGGGAAUGACACCCUUGAGCUGAAAAUGUUCCUCACCCUGCUUUAGACACUAUCUGUGUUCUGCUUUCUACUUUCUCUUUGCCUCCACUGCUCACUGCCUUUCACUCAUACAGGGGAGAGUUUUUCCACUUCUUGGGCACUUUGCAUGAAGUGAGAGGAUCACACUUGUGCUGCUAGGAUACUUUCCCCAUCCCUUCCCCAACCAGAAGAGGCAGUGGGUACACUGCUCACUGCUACAAGUAUAAUAACAGCAACAGCACCUCCUAAUUAAGAGCUACCAGCUCUUCUAGAUUGUGUAUCUGAGAGAGAGGGAGGUUACCGGGCAUGUGUAGGUCCAUGCAAAGUUGUGAGUUUCCAGAGGCAAGGAAAUACUAUCAUUAGGCAAUUAAGUGGCUAAUUGCAAGCUUCAGGUUAGUGAAGUCUGAACUUUAUGGAUCUAGGAAUAGAUAUCUCUGCUGUGUCUCACGUCAUAAUAGUACAGUGCACUGCAAUCUGAGAGAAGCUAAUAUUUAGCAACAAUUUCUUUUGCGUUCUCCCAACAGGCUGACCAAUGCACAGGACUCCAGGGAUUCCUCGUCUUCCACAGCUUUGGGGGAGGCACCGGCUCAGGAUUCACCUCCCUGCUGAUGGAACGGCUCUCAGUUGACUAUGGCAAGAAGUCCAAGCUGGAAUUUGCUAUUUACCCAGCUCCUCAGAUAUCAACAGCUGUGGUUGAGCCCUACAACUCCAUCCUCACCACACACACCACCCUUGAGCACUCAGACUGUGCCUUCAUGGUGGACAAUGAAGCCAUCUAUGAUAUCUGCCGCAGGAACCUGGACAUCGAGCGCCCAACUUACACAAACCUCAACCGCCUUAUCAGCCAGAUUGUGUCCUCCAUCACAGCCUCGCUUCGCUUUGAUGGGGCGCUCAAUGUGGACCUGACAGAGUUCCAGACCAACCUGGUGCCCUACCCUCGCAUCCACUUCCCUCUGGCCACUUACGCCCCGGUCAUCUCUGCAGAGAAGGCCUAUCAUGAGCAGCUUUCCGUAGCAGAGAUCACCAAUUCUUGCUUUGAGCCAGCUAACCAGAUGGUGAAAUGUGACCCCCGCCAUGGCAAAUACAUGGCCUGCUGCCUGUUGUAUCGAGGCGAUGUGGUGCCCAAGGAUGUCAACGCUGCUAUUGCCGCCAUAAAGACCAAGCGCAGCAUCCAGUUUGUGGACUGGUGCCCCACAGGCUUCAAGGUGGGCAUCAACUACCAGCCUCCCACUGCAGUCCCAGGCGGAGACCUAGCCAAGGUGCAGCGGGCAGUGUGCAUGCUGAGCAACACCACCGCCAUUGCUGAGGCCUGGGCCCGCCUGGACCACAAGUUUGACCUGAUGUAUGCCAAGAGGGCUUUUGUCCACUGGUACGUAGGGGAAGGCAUGGAAGAAGGGGAGUUCUCCGAGGCACGAGAAGACAUGGCUGCCCUGGAGAAGGAUUAUGAAGAAGUGGGCAUUGAUUCAUAUGAGGAUGAAGAGGAGGGAGAAGAGUAGCUCUAGAUGCUGCACAUUGUCUGAUGGACCGUCAUUUUCAAUAAAGUAUGUUUGGUUUUAUCUGAA